AUGGAGAGCUUGCCAGACGACCUCUGGCGCAUAAUUUUCGCGUUUGCCGGGCCCGCGGCCGGCGCCAGACAUCUGGCGGCGCGAGCCCGGACGCUGGACGAAUUCGUAGAGUACCGGCUCGCGAGCGAGCCCGACGUAGCGCACUACUACGACAGCACGACCGUAGAGAACGGCGUCGCCAAUACGCGAGCGCACGUUAAACUGGUCCACGCGUUACGAACCGUCUCGACGCAGUGGCGCAACCUCAUAACUUACGGCUCGACGCGGCAGCUCGCGCUGAGGGCCGAUGAUUGUGUCGAUCUGCCGCCCGACUUCGCCACGCGGUUCGACGGCUGCGAGGCCUUCACGAUCGACGGCGACGGCGACGAUUAUACUAGACGGGCCGGCUCCGGUGCGCUGCCCGCAGCGCUAACGCAUUUCAGAAAGCUCCGGUCGCUCUCGAUGCGCUGCAUGACUAUCCAGUCUCUACCACAAUGGUUUGGGGCGCUGCCUCUCGUGGAGCUUUAUAUUGAUUAUGGGAUGUUCAAAGGCCCGACAGUAUAUAAACCUGGUCAAAAAAUCCUGUCAAUUGACGUCGUUCUCGAUCUGAACUGGACGGGAAUAGAGACGCUUCCCCUGUCGCUCCAGACGAUGACGACCUUACGAAUCCUCGACCUUUCAGCAACAAGGUUGGGCGCGGACGUCGAAGGCGCCCCCAUUCGCGCCGCGGACAUCGCUCGCCGCGAUGCGAUUCUGCGCCCCCUCUCGCUGGCGAUACCGGAUCUUCGCUUCAGUUUGCAUAGCUGUGAGGCCGGAUUUACUUUCCAGCAGGGCGCGCGGAUGCACUGGUGGCACGCGCGAUGCGGUCAUGACUGGUGGGAGGACGUCUUCUUCUCGCCGCCGCCUGAGGAUUGA